AUGGUUAGGGAUUUAGGUCAGGGCUGUCUGAAGGCUAAGCCAGACAUAGACUCGGCUUACCGUAACAUACCCAUUCAUCCAACUGACUAUCCACUUCUAGGUUUCAAAUUCAUUGACUUAUACUUUUAUGAUCGUUCGCUCCCCAUGGGUGCUAGCUCUUGUUGCGCCAUCUUCGAUCGCUUCAGUUCAGGCUUGAAUGAGAUAGCUCAAUGUAAGCUUUCAAUUCCUCACAUCCUGCAUAUUCUGGAUGAUUUCCUUAUUAUGGGCCCCAAAGAUUCUAACAAAUGUGAAACUGAUUUGAGGGUAUUUCUCGAUUUAUGCAGAGCUAUUGGAGUUCCUAUAAAACACGAGAAAACUGUCACAGCGACAACUGUGAUCACAUUCAUGAGUCUGGAACUUGAUUCUAACAAAAUGGAAGCUAGGCUACCUAAAGACAAACUUGUUAAACUUCACCAUUUACUAGUGUUUUACAAAUCACGUAGGAAAAUUAAAUUACGGGACUUACAAUCCCUUUUAGGUCUUCUAAACUUCUGCUGCAAAGUAGUGCUACCAGGUAGGGCCUUCCUCAAACGAUUAAUUGAUCUCACCAAAGGUGUGUGCAAACCCCACCAUAGGAUAACUAUAAGUAAAAAAGGGAGGCGUGAUUUAGAAGCAUUGUACUAUUUCAUUGCACAUUUCAAUGGGAAACACAUUUUACUGGAUCAAAAAUGGUUAACUAACCAGGCUUUAAAUCUGUUUACAGAUGCUUCAAGUUCAAUUGGGUAUGGAUCUAUAUUAAACACUCAGUGGUUUUACGGGACUUAUCCUGUGACUUUGGCUGAUUCACAUAUCAUAAGUUUCGAGUUCAUUUCACUUCUUGCUGUGUUGUAA